UACCUACACUUGUCACGUCACUCGAUCUUCACUGAGGAGUGUUGGAACUCCUGUCCAAUUUCUUAUUCACUGAUUUCAUAUCCUAAACCCUCGCUCUAGGGUUUUAGAGCCUCGAAGCUAACUAAAAGUCUUCGUUGACCCCCCCAGGAUCCUCAAUAGCCUGCGGAGGAGGAGGAGAAUCAAGAGAUUGAGAGAUCGAUCCAACGGUCUCUGCUCUCUAAUGGCGAAAUCGACGCCUCGCUACUUCUUCAAGGUCUUCUUCCCCGAUCAAUCGUCGAAUUAUCUGAGGAUUCCCUCGGCGUUUCGGGAGCGUAUUGAGGUUGAAUCUAGCAAGAUUGUUUAUUUAAAGGGCCAAAGUGGGGGCAUUUGGAAAGUAGGUUUGGUUAAGGAUUGUGACGGGUUCGUGUUUGAAGACGGGUGGAAGGAAUUUGUUGCGGAUCAAUCUCUGGCUGUCGGAGAUUUCUUGGUUUUUCGUUAUAAUGGGAAUUCAAGGUUUAAAGUUUUGGUGUUUGACUCGACGGCUUGUGAGAAAAAGAAGGCUUUUCUCGCGAGACCGAGCAUAGAAGAAGAUACCGAGUUUUUUGAAGACAGCGAGGAAUCGAAGGAAACGGAGGAAGAUGAGGAGGAGGAGGACAACAAGCCUUUGAUUCAUUUCACAAAUAGGAGAUUGAACGGGUUUCUGAAGAGGAGUAGGGGGAGUAAUAAUCUGUUUGAUGUAAAUGGUUCCUAUAAGAAGAGGAAACAACUUCAGUCUGAAGUCGACCAAUCAAACUCAAAAAGAUCGAAGUCAAGUUCGAUUUGUGGAGAGGCCCAUCUUAGUUUGGACUCUGGAGCUGAAGCAACCCCAAAAGGUACCAGGUUGGUCUCGGAUGGUGGAAAAGAUCAUCCUACCCUGGAAUGUAAAGAUCUAGUCAUUCCGAAACAAGAGUACGAGUCAUAUUCACCUCUUCUCUCUAGCAGUUUCAGUAGAGACACACCAAUUCAUAGGAAUGGGGAAAGCAUACAUAAAACUGCUGCAUUUUCUCUUCGAUGCUCUAAAAUCAAUAAACAGGUCAAGUUAUGUUGUCAGAGUGGUCAAGUGUCAAGAUGUAGUCCUCAGUCAACUAAAGGGAGCACAUCAAGGAAAUCUAGUGGUACCCUGGCAUUGGUAAAGUCUGAAGAAAGUGCUUGCCGACAGAGAUCUAUUUUUAGGAUAGGAGCUUUCAUAUCACAGCGACGACCUGUCACAGAGGAGGAAGUGGAAAGGACUCUUCAAAGGGCUUUGUCAUUUACUUCUGAGUAUCCGUUUGUUAUAACAAUUAUGCAGGACUCCUAUGUUUAUACCAGCUUUCUCAUGUGUAUUCCUUCCUGGUUUGUAAGAGAACAUCUGCCAAAGGAAAACACAGUGCUGACGGUUUGGGAUCCAAGUGGCAAACCAUGGAAGAUGACUUUCAUCUGCAAUAAUACCCAUGGUGCUCUAAGUGGUGGUUGGAGCAGGUUCUCUCACGCGCAUAACUUGGAAAAAUACGAUGUCUGUGUGUUUGAGCUUACUAAGCCCACCCAUCUUAAGGUGCAUAUUUAUAGAGUGGUGGAGGAGAUAACUCCAUUGGUUCGUCGUCGACGUGGUAACUGUAGCUAAUUUCUUGGUUAAGGGUUAUUGUUGCGCAUUGUUGAUUCAGGUUCCUUGUAUUCAAUAAUUUGGAAUAAUAUGAUGAGUGGUUAGAAAUGUUGGAUGCUACAUCUAUGUGGAGGUGAGAGAAGAUCAUGCCAUUAGGCUGUCGAUGACAAUAAGUAUGUAUAAGUCCAUUGAUUCCAUCUAUUUAAUGUUAAAUUGUUUUGUUUUUAUCAUGGCUCUGAACUUGUAAAUAAAGUUGCUCAAGGGAA